AUGUCUCCUGUGCGAGGCUAUAUCACAUCUUACCCUUCGCGCAUGCGCCAAUAUGGGAACGCGUUGCUCACUCCCGUCGCCCCUCCGGCGCAGACCGGCCCGACUCCACGGACGACGAAGCGUGGAACCACAGCCAUCAACUACGCCGAGGAUGGCUUCGAUGAUGAUGAUUUCGAGGAGAGCGAUGGUCCCCGGCGACCGACAGGGUUGAGGAGUCUCCGGCGCGAAGACUCAACCACCGAGAAAUUGCCCUUGGCGGAGAAACUUGGGAAAGAAGCGCAUGCGCCGGUGGAAGUUCAAGGGGUGUUUCGCGAAUGGAUGAUAAAAAGGAUGCUACGACCUGCGUGUGCGGAUCAACUACAGAUUCAAGCGCAGCUUCCUUUGACCCUCGUUCCCAUCCGAAUCGACGUCGAAGUUCCUUCCCACCAACCCCUCGAGCCAUUUCCUGUGCCGCGCACCGCAGUCGAUCCCGGCAUCACCUCGGCACUUCCUGCGUACCGCAGGCCUGAGCCGCUGCCCCCAUUUCGCAUCAAGGACACCUUCCUGUGGAAUCUGCAUGAGGCGCUUGCGACCCCAGAAGAAUUCGCCAUCGGAUUUGUCCGUGACCUCGACCUCCCCAAUCCGCAGGCGACAACAAUGACGAUCAGCAAUCAAAUCCGACAACAACUAGAGGAGUACGCUGGCGUGGCGUUGCAUCCCCUCUUCCAGAACACACAGACGACGACCCUCACAAGUGUUCCUCCGCAAACUGAGCCGUCCCGAGACACAUCCAUGACCCCUGCCAAUGCCGCAACUCCCAGUAGCCAGGCCAAUGGGACAACAGUGACAGUGACGAAGGAAGCAUUUGUCAAUGACAGCAUCCUGAAUCCAGAUGAUGCGUACCGGUGUCUGAUCAAUCUCAACAUUAACCUGCAAAACAAGCUCUAUACUGAUAAAUUUGAGUGGUCACUGCUUCAUCCUCCUGGUAUGGCAGAGGAUUUCGCAAAGAUCACCUGCGCUGACCUCAGUCUCGGUGGGGAAUGGGUCAGCGCAAUUGCCCAUGGCAUUUACGAGGCAGUCUUGAAACUCAAGAAGGAAGUUUGCGAAAGCGGUGGGCUCAUGAGCGGAAUCAACGGCUACGGCAAUGAAAUUGAUAACCAAGCCGUACAUGGCAUGGAGGCCGGUUGGCGGUACGACCCGGAGACCCUCGGUGAUGAGUGGGACCCGAAGGUCGAAACGUUGUCCAAGGAAGAGAUUGAGAGACGAGAAGGCGAUCGUGAGCGACAGAUCCGACGCUUGCGCCGAGAAACAGCGCGGUUUUCUUCCACGGCGGGCAUCACACCGGACGUAUCAAGGCAGAGCAGUGGAUAUUUCGAUGUCGACAGCGAGACCCCGCUUGGCCGAGGAGAGAGGAAUAAGCGGAAGCGCCGAUUCCGUAGCUUGAGCCCUCUGGGCCGUGGAGGCACUCCUGGUGGCCGGGGUACUCCGGAAACGGGCUCGGGCGCUGGAUACGGUGGUGGAGGAGGCACGCUUUCUGAGUGGGAACGACAAAGCUGGAGAUGCAGCAAUUGCAUGGUCUGGGGUACUGCAGUCUGGGCUGUACGCGACGGCCCUGAAGGCCCACGGACACUCUGCCACAACUGUGGUCUGCUCUAUGAACGUGACAAGGUCGCACCUGCGUGGUCCAAGGACCUUCAUCGCCACGAUAUUCCAGUUGGCCGGUUUGGCUAA